AUGGCGAAUGAGGUUGUUUUGCCGCAGGAACAUUGAACAAGUUAUAACAUUUCUCAGUUAAAUUCGCCAACAUUGCGGUAUCAUAAUUGUUCAUUUUUUUUUAGUUAGGUGCGCAAAGCUUGAGGAUAUCUAAAAUGAAGGGGAAAGAGCGGUCGCCGGUGAAAAAGCGUUCAAGGGCCUUGGAUGAUAUACGAGAUAGGGGAGGAAGUCACCCAACCAGUAAGAAAAUGGGGGUUAUCUCGAUUUCUGGUGGUGGAAGCAACAACGGCAAUAGUUCAUCUAAAAGCGAAGGAGGGUCUGCAAGACGGAGUUUGAUCGGAGACAAAAGAGAUGUCCGAGAUUUUGACGGACACGUCUCCAGUCGGACUGGAAAUAACCACGGUUACACCAGCCCUGUUGCGUGCUCGAGCAGCAAGAAUCACGCGCCGAGUCUGUCUUUAGAGGCAGCCGCUCGCAGCAACUCACGCGGAGAAUCGCGCGCCCCGCUUCCCACCAACGAAAGUGAGUACAAAACUUUAAAAAUCAGUGAGCUCGGCUCCCAACUGAGCGACGAGGAAAUCGAGGAUGGGCUUUUCCAUGAAUUCAAAAAAUUUGGUGACGUGAGUGUUAAAAUCAGCCGAGUCAACGACGAGAGAAUUGCAUUUGUGAACUUUAGGAGACCGGAUGAUGCCAGGGCGGCAAAGCACGCACGAGGCCGCUUGGUGCUGUACGACCGUCCUUUGAAAAUCGAGGCUGUCUAUUUAAAUAGGAGGAGAAGUCGAUCUCCGGUUGACAAAGACCAUUUUUCUGUCGUUGCAGGCCAUAGACAUUUGCAUACGCAGAGGCCGCUCUCUCCAACUGGCCUAGGCUACAGAGACUACAGGUUACAGCAGCUUGCGCUCGGUCGGCUUCCUCCUCCCCCACCCCCUCCUUUACCCAGAGAGCUUGAAAGGGAAAGAGAAUUUGCCUUUUAUGAAGCAAGGGCAAGGCCUGCUUACAUUGCAGAGCGGGCCACUCCUUUCCGCGAGGAGGACUUUAUCUCUCCAGAGGACGAUCAGAGAGCCAACCGCACACUGUUUCUGGGUAAUUUGGAUAUUACUGUGACUGAAAACGAUUUGACGAGGGCUUUUGAAAGAUUUGGGACAAUCACUGAGGUGGACAUUAAAAGACCCACUCGUGGCCAAAGCAGCACCUAUGGCUUUCUCAAAUUUGAGAACUUGGACAUGGCCCAUAGAGCAAAAAUAAGCAUGUCUGGGAAAGUUGUUGGCCGAAACCCCAUAAAGAUCGGAUAUGGCAAAGCGACCCCCACCACACGCCUGUGGGUGGGUGGUCUUGGACCAUGGGUCCCUCUGACUGCAUUAGCGAGGGAAUUUGACCGCUUUGGAACUAUAAGGACUAUAGACUACAGAAAAGGGGACACUUGGGCUUAUAUUCAGUAUGAAAGCUUGGAUGCCGCUCAGGCUGCUUGCACACACAUGCGUGGUUUUCCUCUCGGUGGUCCAGACAGGAGGCUAAGGGUGGACUUUGCUGACACAGAGCACCGCUACCAGCAGCAGUUCUUGCAGCCCUUGCCCUUGCAACACUAUGAAAUUGUGGCUGAGUCUUUCGUCCAUCGUGCCACCCCUGAGUCCAUCAGGGUCAGAGAAAGGACUCCACCUCCACUGCACUUCAGAGAACGAGAACUGUAUGCUGGGGCUGAAUGGCCAGCACCCGCCAUUCGUGAACGUGUAAGAAAUCCUGCAUUUGAGCCCCUUGAGCACUUGGAGCGUGAACGACGGCGAGAGGCGUGGUCUCUGGAGAGGGAGCUGCCAGGCAGGGACCCUGCACGUAAACGGCGCCUCAUGGAGGAUGGGAGACAUCUGGAGUGCUCUCCUGACAGCAGCAGUGAGUGGGUGGCCCGUCGUCGGAGACCACCCUCCCUAGAGGGCAGCCCAGGUGGUAGCAGCCGCGACGGGCGAUUCAGUGACUCUGAGCGACCAGUGAGAGUUGAUCGACCAUCCCCAGCACGAGAGAGCCGCAGCAGCCUGGACCGAGCCCCCGGUGAGAAACGCCUCAAAAGCAGCAGCAGCCUCUCAGAGUCCAACAUCGCUGCCAAUCCAACAGAGAAAAAGCGCAAAGCAGGUGAUUCAGCUAAAGGAGCCUCCAAGAGAGACCGAUCUGAGAGUAGCUCCAAAAGCAACCAGACAUUGAAGCAGGAUGCUGGUGGGAAGCUGAGCAUGGCCUGGAAUGGCAUGUUACUCCUGAAGAACAGUAACUUCCCAGCCAGUAUGCACCUCCUGGAGGGGGAUCUGAGCGUUGCCACCAGUCUCCUUAUUGACUGCAGCACAGGCAGCAAGGUCAGUCAGCUACGCAUCACACAACGCCUUCGCCUCGACCAGCCCAAGAUCGAUGAAGUGUCUCGCCGCAUUAAAGUCGCCGGCCCAGGUGGGUAUGCGGUUCUACUGGCCGUCCCAGGCAGCUCAGAGGAGACUUCAUCUUCAGAUCCAGCAGCAUCAACACAGAGGCCCCUGCGCAACUUGGUUUCCUACUUGAAGCAAAAGCAGGCCGCUGGGGUCAUCAGUUUACCUGUGGGGGCCAGUAGAGAUAAGGACAACACUGGGGUCCUGCACGCAUUUCCGCCCUGUGAUUUCUCACAGCAGUUCUUAGAUUCUUCUGCGAAAGCUCUUGCCAAAACAGAAGAGGACUUCCUGGUCAUGAUCAUAGUUCGAGGAGCAUCUUAACAAUCAUAACACACACGCAUUGUUAACUACAAGCUUCUCUAAAUGUCUCUUAAUUGCAUGCUGUGUAAAGCAGAAGUGAUAUUACAGUAAAGGGCAUAUGUUAUUAUCUGUUCUGCCAAACUAGUACAACAACAAAACAAAAAAAAAACUUUAAGGCCCAUUCAUAUAGCAAAAUUUAGCUCUAUGGCAAUAUAUUUGUUUUACGUUGCAAGUUUUUUCAGAUGUAUAGUUUGGGAUAAGUUGUACCCUGCAUACAAAAAAAAAAAAAAGAAUUAUACAGGGCAUAUUCAAAACGGAACAUUUAAUUUGGUAUUGGUCAUGAAACACUUUAACUAGUUAUACUUCAUGUUUUUCAGUCAGACUGCAGACAGUCAUCUUUGUACGAAAUAAUUUCUGUGAAUGUUGAUUUAUGUGGUUAUCAAUUGAUUUAAGGGGUUCAACUUGGGUUCAUGUGUCUUGAUGCUUUGAACAAUCAUUAUUUUGCAAUGGAUAGUGUAAUAUAGGUAUAUAGUCCUGUAGGGAACUAAAAAAUGCUCAUUGAACUGCAUGUUGAUGCCAGUGUUCUGUCUAGCUAAUAUACAAAGAUGUAGCCAAAAGAAGAUGUCAUCAGUGUUUUAUUGAUUGAAAGUAGAAAACAGGCUAAAUGUUAACACCUUAAAUCCCCUUACCACAUUAAAAUUUAAUUCUGAACAUAUUUUGAUUAUAAAGUAGAUAUAUCUAAGCCCUCCUUAGACCAAAGUAUAACAUCAAGGUUAUUCUUGUGUGUUUAAAGAAGAAAGAGGUAUUCUGACAUACUGUUUCCAUAUUUUUUGGGUUACAUUUCAAAAGAUUUUGAAUGAAGCAUUCUGGUUUCAAAGUGAGGUUGUUAAAUGUCUCAGUUUAAAUUAUAAUUGAUUGUCAGAAAAUCAUUUGAUUGCAUAAGGUGAUUUUAUUUGUAAAAACCUUUUUUUUUUUUUUUAUUUUAAUUUUUUUUUAUAGGUUUGUCAUAAUUUACCAGAUAUAAUCAGUUAACGUUUAUAUUGUUGAUAGUGCUGUUGAAGGUCUCUUUAUUAAGAUUUUCAAGUUAAUGUUAAGUGCAUAUGGCCUAUAAUGUGAUAUUUCAUCACCAUCACCCGUAAUUUACUCAAUGCCACGUAUAUAGCAAUGAGAUUACUGGGAACUUAAUGUGUAAAUGAUACCAUACAAAUGUAAAACAUCAAGCCCCAAGACUUGUACAAUUGUAAGACAGUCCUAAAUUUUCUUUUAUUGGCAUUCUUUAGUUGAUAAUGUAGACCAUACAUUUUUAGUAUGAUUUUAGUUGAAAGGCCAUUUAUGUUUGAAAUAAUACAAAAUGUUGUGAUUCUGGGUGUGUCAUUGUUCAAAUGGUUUUUAAAAAAACAGUCUAUGCUUUCUCUAAUAUCCUGAAAAAAUUGAGUUUGUUUUCUUAGUCUAUUUAGCUAAUUGCAGUGUACUGAUCCGAUGAAUAACUAACAUCUUUCAUGUAUGACUUUUAUGUUCCACUAAAUUGUGUUUUAAAAGUUGAUUGGUUGGUUAUUUAACAAUAUAAAAACAGCCGAUUGUGUACAUGAAUAAAUGGACAUGCUGUAUGUUCAGUCACAGCCUCACAGGACAGGAAAUGGACGUUCCACAAGUGGACUUCACAUGGCUGGAUCCAGAAAUGAUUGUUUGAAAUGAUUCAGGAGCCCUUUGGAUGCACAGGGCAAGAGCUUUCAAUUUAGUGUUAGUGUACUCACACAGAGAGAGCAUCUACCUGCUUGUGUAAUUGUUUUUGUGCUUACAGUUCCCAUAUUUAAACGGAAAUAAUGACACUCUUGAUUUGUGCUGUGUUUACCUAAUUUCUUGAUUGGGGGAAAAGAGGAAUCGGUCACUCACUCCUUGCAAAGCUCUGACGUGGCUGUUUGUACACACACAAAAAGUGCACUGGCCCCUCAUUUGAUUUUAUCACGCUAUCAAUAAAUUGUUUCAUUUGAGGGAGAAAUGUUUAUUCGUUGGAAAUGAAUUGAAGAACGCCUGCCACUGCUUUUUUCGGUUGUGUUUCGGGAGGAAUUGUUGCUCAAUUGCUUGUUUCUGCUCAGGAAACAAAAAUUCUCCCCUUUGUUUUUCGGCCCGGGAUCAGGGAUGGCUGUGAGAGCAAAGGGAGAGAGCUCUUUUGUUGCUCAAUGUUGUUGUUAAUCUGUGUUUCCCACCCUUAUGUCCUGGAGCUCCCACACAUGCUAAUUAACUGGGGGUUCUGCUGCCCCCAACCCUCAAACAGAUCAGAGAGAACGGGGCUGUUCUGCCAAGUGUUGAGAAUGUAGCACUGAUCGGUUUUCGGAGUUGAACAAAGUCAGUGGAGAGAUGAUCUUUGCGCAGACCUUCAUCUAAACUGAAAUAUCUGUUUCGGCACCUUCGCUGGGGUCGUUGAAUUCUCGCAGGCAUGGCAGCUGUUUCCUGCUGUUUCAAGCUUCCAUAUGUGUACCUCAGCUGGAAGUAUCCAGGCUUGCUGUAACAUGGCCGGCCACACUGCUGUUUCACACUAUGCGUUGCCAGCACAACCGCCAGCAUGAUAGAGGCCAACCGAACCUGGUAACAAUGAUUUCCAAUUCUCAGAGGAGCAGGCAUUUGUUUAUUCAAUCCUUUGAUUUCUUCUGAUACGAGUUUGUCUUGCUUCAUUGGAAAUCAGUGAAGGAGGAGGAUUUCCAUGAUCAGAGAGGAAAGCAAUUUAGAAAAGUGAAAAGCGUUUUAGCCUUCAAAAUUGUUCGUCUCGAAGCGAGUUUGAUAGUUUUGCUUGCUUAAACAUUUAUUUUCUGAAACAAAUUUUAAAAAGACAUCCAGAUGAGCAUUACGUGGUAAAUUGACCUUCUGUUAUGAAGAAACCCUGAAAGAAAAUCAAACAUUUCCUGCUGCGCUGCCCAUAUGAAGUCCACCAAAGUUUGCUUGCAAGGAGCCUCAUCAGAAGAGAAUGAACCCACCCUUCUUCCUUUGCUAGGAAGAAGUCCAUUCAGCUGCAUCACUACACCAGCUGCUCAUUCAUGUCUAUGAAGGGCAAAUGUGAGGAUCCAGACCAGUGCUCUGGUGUUGGUGGUGAGUAAGGGGCAUACUGGGACUUGCUUCAUACUGGGGCUUUAGACACAAAGUCUACCUGGUACAGGAGUCAGUCAAUAAUCAUUGUCUCGUCUGCAAAUGGUUCAGAAUGCUGCUGCUAGGCUCCUGACGGGUACACGUAAAUGAGAUCAUAUCUCCCCCAUCUUGGUUUCUCUCCAUUGGCUGGCGGUGUGCUACAGAAUUGAUUUUAAGCCCUUAUUAUUUGUUUUUAAAUCACUGAAUGGUUUAGACCCAUUUUACCUUUCUAAUCUACUGCAGCUACAUAAUCCCACAAGGACUCGUAGGUCCUCUGAACAGAGAACUUUGAUUGUUCCCAGGUCUUGGUUAAAGCAAAAGGGUGACAGAGCUUUUGCAGUAGCCGUCCCAAAACUCUGGAACAGCUUACCCUUGUACAUAAGAAAUGCCCCUUCUUUAUACAUUUUUAAAUCACAGCUGAAAACUCAUCUUUUUUCUGUGGCAUUUGGUCCAACAGAGUUUAGUUAAUUAUUAGUAUCAUACAUGUUUUAUUGUUGUAUGUUCACUGGUAUUAUCCUAAUACAGUGUUUUAUACUUUAUUAUUGUACAGCACAUGGAUCUACAGUCUGUUGUUUUUAAGUCGUGCUUUAUAAAUUGACAUUGACAGUUGACAUUUAGCCUUUAAGCAUUGUAAUUAGCCUUAGACUCCUUAUAUUGAAAUUAAGAUAAUUUCUACAUUAAAAUUUAUAAUGCAGUGUCUAAAGCUCACAGACUUUCUCCUGUGUUUUGUUAUUGCUGUAGUGGGGGGAUUAUUUGAGUACUAAGGACAUAAUCGGGGCACGAUCACAAUUACAGGGAUGUUAAUGUUUGGGUCUCACGGUGUCCUGUAUUGUCUGAGCAGUGUGAGGUUCACCCAAAAAUGAAAAUUCUGCUACUGUAUUACUAUGUUCAGUGCAACAAAAAAGUAGUCAAAGUUAGUCAAAGUUCAAUUUCAUUGUGAAAGUUAGUGGUAACUGAGGUUGUCUGUCCCUAAUAAUCUGACAAACAUGUUUUGUUUUUAUGGCCUUUUGCAAUUAGUUUUGAUUUUAAGGAAAGAUAUGAUGUAUGCAGUACAUCCAUUCAGCACAACUCAUUUAUUGACCAAAGGUAUGAGGAAAUUGGCAGAUCAGUUUUCUCUCUGCAAAAAGGUUUGGGCACCAUAGCAAACAUUAAAAGCAGGACAUUUCAUAAUUAUCCAUUUAUGACUGAUGUAAUUUGAAUAAUUUUCUAUAAAAAUAUAUAUUUAUUUUGCAAUAUUUAACUUUUUUUUUUUCAGUUUGACAUGAUUCAAAAAAAUUCUAACACCGAUGCAAAUAAUCCGUUCUCUCCCAGCACUGAACAUGGCACCCAGCUGUAGUCUAAUAUGUUCUCUUGUAGCACCACAGUUCUGACUGACUGGCUUGUUCUCAGAUGCUAUGGAAUGGGCCUGGUAACUUGGUAACUGUAGGUCUCCACGGUAACACUCUAGCCCCUCCCCUGGCUUCAUUUACAUAAUCUCUUUGUGUAGCCCAGGCACUGUCCCCUACCCACUUCUCAAAGUAAUGAAAAGACCACAUUAAGUCCGACAGUCCAAAACAUUAGCUCAUUGUUCCUAGUUGUAGCUUAGUUUUCUCACAACCUCUGCAUAAGCUACCACAUGAUUUCUGUAAGCUAAUUCAGGUUUCACAAGAGGCUUUCUGCCCUCAGAUUUUACUAAGACUACUACUUCUUGUAACUGAAUACAGUCAGAAUUUCCUCUUAAAAGAGUUCAUUCUGAAUAUAUUAUACCUGCACUGUUAAUUUUUUUAAUUAUUUUGGAGGAGAGUAAUGGUUAUGGAGAAGAUCCAUAAGACUCGUUCAACCUUUAUCUGUCACUUGGAGUCAGUUGUUGAUGAUAAAGUUUAUCAAAAAUGAAAACUCUCAUCAUUUACUCAACCUUAUGCCAUCCCAAAUGUGUAUGACUUUAUUUCAGCAGAACCCAAAUUAAGUUUUUUAGAAGAAUAUCUCGGCUCUGUUGGUCCUUACAAUGCAAGUGAAUGGUGACCAGACCUUUGAAGCUCCAAAAAUCACAUAAAGGCAGCAUAAAAGUAAUCCAUAAGACUCCAGUGGUUUAAUCCAUAUCUUCAGAAGUGAUAUGGUGUGGGUGAGAAACAGAUCAAGAUUAGUUUUUUUAUUUCCAUAAAUCUCCACUUUCACUUUCACAUUUAGACAAUGUAAGUGGAGAUUUAUGGUAAAAAAUCUGUUUAUCACCCGCACUCAUUGUUUUAACACCAACCCCCACCAUAGCAAGAAACAUCACUCACAUAUUCUGCAUAUAUUCUGUUUUUCAACUGAUGUCCUGAUCUAAUUUCCAGGAUGACAGAUUUGAGUGUCCUGCUGAGUGUUAAAAGCACAGUUGGUCAUCUUCAGAUACAUCUGUUAGAUGAUUUGUUAUUGUUUAUAAGCCUCUGCUCUCAUGCCUUUGAUUACUAGAGUUGAAAAAGCAUGCAUGUAGUUAUUAUACUUUCACAGAACAAUGAUUUUGUCAGAAGUUGUUGUGAUACCUUCAUGAGAUUAAGUUUUAAGAUUUCCCUACACAUUUUGCAUAUGAUUUUCUUUUGUAUAUCCACAGAACAUGUGUUGCAUUAUUGUUAUCCAUUCAUCAGUAAUUAAGCAUGAAAAGAGUGAAGAGUGUCAGGCCUCAUCACAGCUCACAUUCUGUAAGUACCAGCUAUUUUGUUUUUUAAGCUAUGCUGUUAUAUUUUUAGAAUUGAGUAGGUUAAUAUUAAUACUAGUGGCUUCUAAUGAUAUAUAUUUAUAUAUUUGGAAUGUUGCAUUAAAAACUAUUGAUGUAUAUGCUAUGUUCUCAAUAAAGGUAUAUUUUUACACCA